UUUAAGAUAACGUGAACAUUGCAAUUUUAUCAGAAAUGAAUUUUUUAAUCAUAAGUACGGAUUUUAAUCACAUCAGCGCUGUAGCCUUUUUUACAUCAUAAUGUUUUUCGCAUCACAUUUCAGCAAUAUAUAUUUUUCAAUACAUUACGUUUGGUGCCUGUGAUCCUGAUAAAUUUGGUUCAAGCUUAGUUCCUAGUAAACUUCUAUUACAUUUUAACAAGAGCAUAGUAGUGUCCCCAUUUUCACUUCAACUUCCGCUGUGUAAGCUUGCUUCUGUCGCGCAAGGAGACGUAAAGGUAGAAUUAUUAAAAUUUUUGGGAUACCAAAAUAUGAAAAUGAUAAAUUCGAGUUAUCGUGAUCUUAAUGUAUUACUCACACACUUGGAGCGUAUAGACUUCGUAAUGGUUAACCAUAUUUAUUUAAACUAUUCUAAAGGCUAUAAAGAUACACUAUCAAAACCUGCCUUUGGCGUGGAGGUACAGAAAGUUAGUUUUAACUAUCCCAAAGCCGCAACCAUUUAUAUUAACAGAAUGAUCGAUCGUGUAACGUUCAAGCGUCUAUCUGAUGUUUUAAUCAAGGAAGAUAUUACAAAAGAUUCAUCUAUGUUACUUAUUAAUGCUGCAUACCUAACAGCUACAUGGGAAGUGCCAUUUAACAUAUUGCAUACAAAACAUAAUAUUAAAUUUCGGUAUUACAACCAAAGUACAGUGUUCGUACCUAUGAUGUUCAAGAGUGAGGAGGUGUUAUAUGUUGACGAUGAUUUGAAUAAAAUAAAGGUGAUUAACAUGAAACUUGCCAGUCCCGGAGUGUCGAUGACAUUUGUAAUACCUGAAGACAGGAAGAGCCUUCAAGACUUUCUUCGGAAUUUAUUGAGACCUAACUAUUUUAGGACAAUCAAAAAGAGGAUGCGAAUGGAAUUUCUAAACAUUGCGAUACCCAGAUUUAAGUUAAAGACCUUGGUUGAUUGGACGGAUUCCUUGCAGAAGGUGGGAUUAAAAAAACUAUUUGAUAAAAAUAGUACAGGGCUGAAUAACAUGAUGAUAAACCAGGCCACUAGCAAACCCCUGUAUAUAAGUAAAGUGAAACAAAAGAACUUCAUUGAAGUUAAUGAGAUGGGCGCGUAUCGGAUUAUUACCACAGAAUCACAAUACAGUAAGAUGCCACAUCUUCGUCCAACAUUAGAAGCUGUCGCCGAUCGACCAUUUUAUUUCACUGUUACUCUUCACUUUGAUAGGUCCAACUAUUGGAAUACAGAGGAGCUUUUCACUGGCGUUUAUUAUGGUCCAGAUACAUAAGUAUAUGA